CUAGAAUACUAAAUAUACAAGGUAAUUUUUAAGCUAUGUAAAAUGAGUGCAACCAAACUACUGUACUAAUACUGCGAGAACAAUGCUACCACAAUGGAUAAUAAUAGGUGUUCUAUUUGCCGUGAACCUAACUGGUUGUUUUGGCAACGCCUUUGUGUCCAGGAGCAAGGAUGGAACGAUAUCAGUGGUAGGACCAGCAUUUGUGAACAGGGAAGUUACACUGAAAGUGAUACAGUUCUACCCUUGGGAAUGUGACUUACAAUGGAGGUACAUACUAGACAAGGGCACAACAGUCCAAACACUGAAUGGGACAAAUGUAAACAGAUAUUCGGAAGAUGGGUCAUUCUUUUUGAAAUGGACGGCUUCAGCUGAAUACAACAGAGCUCAGUUCUACGCCGUCUGUUCAACAAACGUUCGAAUUAGAACAGGAAUGACAUCUUUAAAUAUGAAAGAUAUUGUUGGAAAAUGUGGGGCACUCGGGCUUCUAAGUCCUGUAGUCCUCGGCGCGGACGUCGAACUUGGAUAUUUUCCGUCUGGCCAUGUAAUACGGAACAAAACUGACACUAAACGAAAAUGGAAGAAAGACAAUCACGAGAUACAGCUACCUGAAGGGUUUUACUCAGAGAAAAGAGUAACUGAAUAUUUGUACAUAUUGACUAUAUUUAACUUCAAUAAAACAGAUGAAGGAAUGUAUGUUUUAAAUUGCCAUUCAGGUGGCAACACGGAUUCUGUACAGCUUAAUAUUUCAGAGAGACCGAGUUUUCCAGUUCUCGGUCCAAAGUAUCCUGACUUUAAUACAACAGAAUGUAUUUAUGUUUAUGGAGGCUCCAAGUUUUAUUGCAAAACUGAAAAUGGAACAGAGCCAGUACAAGUAGCACUUUUAGUUGGCCAGGAUUUAUUUACUCCUGCUGAAAUCGAAACGAAGAGAGGGAUGUACCGAUUAUAUGACGUUAAUCAACACAUGGCUGGACUGUCAAGACGGAAUGUGACAUGUCAGGUUUCUAAUGCAGCCCUUGAAACACCGUACGAAGUACAAGGCACCUUAUGUAGCGUAGAAAAAGGUAGCCGGCCUGUUCUUAGAGUUCCUGAACAACUUCAUGGAAUAAACUCUACAUCAAUUUGUGAAGUGCGAGAUGCUUUUCCAGCUCCGGAAAUAAAAAUACGCGUUGGAAAAGUUGUGCAAGCAGAUGUUCAACAGAUUGAUUUAUUUAAUGGAUCUUCUCAUACGUUUACCUGCACAGCAACGAUGACAAAGACGAGCAAAACAUGGAAUGGAAAACGAAUGUGCUGUACCAUGAAAACCAAAUACGAGUUUGGUCUUGGAAAUGUGUCAGUAUGCAAAAACAUCAGUAUGAAAUGUGAUCCGACUUUAAAUCUGAACAAGACAUCACCUGUUGAUUUACUUCCGAAUAAAACAGUGGUCGUAAAAUGUACCGUGGAUGACUGCAAUGCAAAUGCAUUAUGGACGCUUAGGUGGGAAGAUGAACAUAACUCUAUAAUAAAGACUUGUAAAAAAACAGAGGAAUGCCUGUUAACACUGAAUUAUAUGGUAGAAGGAGAAAAGACGUAUACAUGCAGCGCCAGGAAAUCACAGGACCUUCUGAACAUUUCAUUGACAGUUUCAAGUUCAAUGAGUGAUGGUGGCCCGACACUGUCGUUCAACACUACAUCACCUGUUUAUUUAUGUCCGAAGAACACAGUGACCGUCAAAUGCCGUGUUGAUGGCUCCAAUGCUAAGGGACAAUGGACGCUUAUGUGGGAAGAUGAAAAUAACACUAUUAUAAAGACAUGUAACAAAACAGACACCUGUCUGUUAACAUUGACCUAUAUGGGAGAUGGAAAGAAGACGUUCGUCUGCAACGCUCGGAAAUCAAAGGAGCUUCUGAGAUAUUUCUUGACAGUUUCAAGUUCAAUUACAAAAGCAUUAUUUAUGCAGUCAACUACUGUAAAAGAAAAUAAUCAUAACAUACUUAACCUAACCUGCAAUUCUGGUGAAACAUGCAUGCCAUGUGCAAUCGCGUGGAGCAGCAACUCUGUCUUUCUUUACCCAAUAUCGACAUCACAAUGGACGAAUAAAAGUGACUCAGGCUAUAUAAGUGUUUCAAAUGCACUCUUUUUCAUAACUAAAGAUGUGAAAGGAAAACGGAUACAAUGUUCUGCAAAUUGUAGGAACGAUUCAUCUGAUAUAAUACAUGAAACAUACACAAUUGGGUUUGAUGCUUUUCAAGAAGCAGCUACCAACCCUGCAUCCUUUGUAGUCCAACCAUUGCACAUGUCGGUCCUUUAUGCGUUAUCUGGAACCAUUUUACUUUUACUCGUAACAACGUUAACCGUGCUUCUAUUUCGUCGAUGCAAAUCUCAGGCGUAUGAAAUGUUUCUGCGCCGAAGAAAACCUGCAUAUAGCGACAAAAGCAACCAUGUGUACGACGCUGUUCAGUCUACUGUUAAGACAACGAUGCUUCACGAGCUAAGAAGAAUAUCUGCAAGUGACCCUGAGAACAUAUCUCCUCUAUCGGCUAUGGAAGAAAACCAAGUCUCUUCAAACAGGAACGUUUGUCACUACGACUAUGUGGAUACCUCAUCCGACGACCAACACCAUGAGACAAUUACACAGGCUGAGUCUUACAUUCACGCGAUAUAAAGCAACUAAUCUAACAAAAUUGUACAGAAGGCACAACCAAUACUAUUUUGUCAAUGUUCGUGAGGAUAUUUUAAUAUGAUUUUUCUAAUCUUUGAGUCGAACUGGAUAUUCUUAAACAUCUUUUGAUCGUAUUGGGUUUAGUCAUGUUUUGUAUUUUGGUUUUAUCCAAUGUUCAAUAUCCCUCAGCAUUUCUCGAGGUCAAGCGUUUUGACCUAUAUAGUUCUAACACAUUUUGUAAAGCCACGGAAUACACAAUUGACACCUAGACUUUUAAUUUAAUAACAUGUAUGCCAUAAUAUAAUAAGAUAUUAUUGUCUACCACAGAUUAGUGAUAAGAUCAAAUAUGAUAUAUAUAGGCUAGAUCUUAGGCUAGUGUAUUUAACAAAUGCUUUUAAAUCUGGUUCAUUAUGUUAAGCCUUGAUCCGCAAUAUGUAUAUACUAAUUGAAACAAUACAUGAUAACAUCUUAUAUUUCAUUUAAUAGUAUUUGUAAUUGAAUUGUACUUAUACUCAUAUUGUAAGUAUGUCUAAGUACAAACUAUUUGUUUAAAUGUAUAUCCACACAUAUUGCAUUAUAUGACUUACAUUGCAUGUAUCGUUGGUCAUAUUUAUCUAAUUCAAUUAUUUAUGAUGUGUAUAUUGUUACUGAAUAAAUUUGU